AAAACGAGUCUGAAAUCUCAACCAACUCUUGCUUUUGGGCUCCACACCCCACUUCUUCUUCCUCAUCCCCCAGAACCCACUUCUACUCUACCAUUUUCUUCUUCUCUUUUUCUCCAUCUCCCUCCCUCUCUCUCUCUCUCUCCCUCUAUCUCUGUGCAAUGGCUUGUCUAACCCCUUUCUUCUUCAUCUUCUUUCUUUCCCUCUCUCUGUUCCUUUCUCCUGCCUUCUCCACCAAUUCUGAAGGAAAUGCUUUGCAUGCAUUGAGAAGCAGGCUUUCUGACCCCACCAAUGUGUUGCAGAGCUGGGACCCUACUCUUGUCAAUCCCUGCACCUGGUUUCAUGUCACCUGUGAUUCCAACAAUCAUGUGAUUCGUUUGGAUUUGGGUAAUUCUAACGUAUCUGGAACUUUGGGGCCUGAGCUUGGUCAACUCAAAUAUCUGCAGUAUUUGGAACUCUAUAGAAAUGACAUAGGAGGGCAAAUCCCUGAGGAGUUGGGUAAUUUGGAAAACCUUGUUAGCAUGGAUAUGUAUGAUAACAAAUUUGAAGGAAGAAUUCCAAAGUCCUUUGCCAAACUGAAGUCACUCAGAUUCCUUCGAUUAAACAACAACAAGCUAACAGGGUCUAUUCCAAGGGAACUCACCACUCUCACCGGCCUCAAAGUGUUUGAUGUUUCAAGCAAUGACCUCUGUGGAACAAUUCCUGUCGAUGGCCCUUUUUCAAGCUUUCCAAUGGAAAGUUUUGACAAUAACCGGCUUAAUGGACCUGAGCUGAAAGGACUUGUGCCUUAUGACUUUGGCUGCUGAAGAAACCAGAAAUACCAGAAAUAGCCCAACUUCUUUCGUAGUUUUAUUGGCUAACGCCAUUUAUAAGAUGAAGUUGUUGGACGGUAAUGUAUACCUUACUUAAAUGUACUAGUUUAUGAUGGUAAUCUGUAAUGACAUAAGAUGCAGAAUAAAUUGGUUGAGCUUUAGAAUAUAUGCUGAUUUACCUUCCUGUAGAACUAAUUUCCAGUUUUUUCACAUCCAUGACUUUCGAUACCAAUGAAAAGCUAGCAUAUCUCUGUAAGAAUCAUUCAAUGAUAUGAUACAAGAAAAUGAUGAUAAAGGGCUGAAUCAGUGUGGAUAGUCUGCUUUUGGCGUGUGGUUCAGUUAUAUCAACAAGCUUUGCCUACAACACAGCUUAGAUAAGUGGAAUGUGAUGUCAAAGCAGGAACCUGGGAUAGUGGAGCAACAGUUAUAUCAACAAGCUGUGUCGAGCACAGUUUCCAUAUUCUGAUGGAACAAAAAAAGCACCGUUUAGGAAAACAUCCCUAGAAGUCCUUCCCCUUCAGUUUGUCCAAUUCCCAGUUAUUGCCUCUCUCUUGGUAGCCUGUUUGGCAUCAAGAUCGUUAGAAGCUAAGAAAUUGUUUCCUUCACUGAGAAUUGUAGGGUCUGCAGUGCCCCGUAUGGCAGUGAAAAGAUCGUUGUGUCCAAGCAACAUCACCUGUAGUGCAAUCAAUCUGACCAUCAAAAGAACAUUCAAAUACCAAUGAUUUGUUGGUCUAAAUAGAAGCAGUUCGAUUUU